AUGGGGUUUGGGACCCAGCUGGGGCUGCUGCUGUGGAAGAACUUCACCUAUCAGCGCAGGCAAAAGAUCCAACUCGCCAUUGAGCUCCUGUGGCCCCUCUUCCUCUUCUUCAUCUUGAUCUCGGUGCGACAGUCACAUCCCCCUUUCGAGCAGCAUGAAUGUCACUUCCCCAACAAGGCCUUGCCCUCAGCUGGGACGCUGUCGUGGAUUCAGGGCAUCAUCUGUAACGUGAACAAUCCCUGCUUCCAGUACCCGACGGCCGGCGAGACACCCGGCGUGGUGGGGAACUUCAACCAGUCCAUCAUCUCCCGCCUGUUUGCGGAUGCCCGGAAGGUGCUGCUCCAUGCCAACAGCAAGCAGACCCUGAGCAGCUUUGGCCAGCUCCUGCCUGCCCUGCGCCGGCUCUGGGGGAGCGGAGCUCCGUGGAUGGCCAGGCCGGUCAAGGACUACCUGAAAGAGGGUGAGACCUUUUCCCACUUCCUCCGGAUCAACGCCUCCCUCCCCGCUCCCCUGGCGGAGGAGCUGCUGGGAGCUCGGUUGGACCUGCGCAUCCUCUCCCUUGCCGCCACCGGCGUGCCGCUGAAGGACAUCAUCUGCAACGCCUCCGUGCUGGCGGAGUUCCUGGUGGCAGUGGAGGCGAGCUCCGCGGAGCGCCUGCAGGAGCGGCUCUGUGCUCUGCCAGCGCCCACCCUCCAGGCCAUGGAGCGCAGUUUCUUCUCGCAAGCGGAUUUCUCCCAAGUCUUGGCGGAGCGGCUGAGCUCCAAAUCGGACGACGUGGCGAGCGCCAUGGAGACCCUGGUCACUUUCCUCCAGGGCGCCGAGACGCUAGCGAAGGAGGUUGGCGCCAUGACCAGCUUUGCAGAGUUCCGGCGGGAGCUGCAGGCGCUGUCGGGGCGGGACGCUGGCUCCUCCCUGCAGGGCGCCUUCGAGGCCGUGUCCCGCAUCGCCUGCGGGCACCCGGAAGGGGGCGGCCUCAAGAUCCCCUCCCUCAACUGGUACGAGGACAACGACAUCAAGGCCUUUCUGAACCGCAACAGCUCAGAGCAGGGAGCCGUCCCGCUGGACAACGCCACCAGCCCCUACUGCAAGGAGCUGAUCCAGAGCCUGGAGUCGAACCCGCUGUCCCGGAUCCUGUGGCGGGGGAUCAAACCUCUCUUCAUCGGAAAAAUCCUCUACGCCCCGUCCAGCCCCAGCACACGAAGGAUCAUGGCCGAGGUGAACCGGACGUUUCAGGAGCUGGCCGUGCUGCGGGAGGUGCGGGGCACCUGGCAGGAGCUGGGGCCUCGGGUCUACGCCUUCCUCAACAGCAGCCUGGAGAUGCGGGUCCUUCAGAGCCUGCUGCGGGCACCUGCCACCUCCCGCCUGGUGGAGCAGCACCUGAACCGCACCUCGUGGGACCCGUCGGCCGUGGGCGAGUUCCUGGCGGGGGUGCCAGGGGGUGAGGCCUACACCUGGCGCCAGGUCUACGCGGAGGUGGACCAGGUUGUGGGCACCCUGUCGCAGUUCAUCGAGUGCGUCUCCCUGGACAAGGUGGAGGCGGUGGCAUCCGAAGAGCAGCUGGUGUCGCGGGCCCUGCAGCUGCUGGAGGGGCGCCAGUUCUGGGCCGGCGUGGUCUUCCUGCCCCCUGACAAUGCCACCGCCGGGGAGCUGCCCCCCCACGUCCGCUACAAGAUCCGCAUGGACAUUGACGACGUCACCCGCAGCAACAAGAUCAAGGACAGGUUCUGGGACCCGGGCCCGGCCGCCGACCCCUUCAGUGACCUGCGCUACGUCUGGGGGGGCUUCGUCUAUGUGCAGGACCUGGUGGAGCGGGCCGUCACGCGGGUCCUGAGCGGCACGGCCAGCCGCACCGGCAUCUACCUGCAGCAGAUGCCCUACCCCUGCUACGUGGAUGACGUUUUCCUGCGGGUCUUGAACCGCUCACUGCCGCUGUUCAUGACGCUGGCCUGGAUCUACUCGGUGGCCAUGAUCAUCAAAGGGGUGGUGCAUGAGAAGGAAGCCCGGCUGAAGGAGACCAUGAAGAUUAUGGGGCUCAGCAGCGGCAUUCUCUGGCUCAGCUGGUUCAUCAGCAGUUUCAUCCCCUUCCUCAUCAGCUCCUCCUUCCUCGUCCUCAUCCUCAAGCUGGGAGACAUCCUGCCCUACAGUGACCCCGCUGUGGUCUUCCUCUUCUUGGCCGCCUUUGCUGUGGCCACCAUCGCCCAGUGCUUCCUCAUCAGCACCUUCUUCUCCCGCGCCAACCUGGCCUCGGCCUGCGGCGGCAUCAUCUACUUCUCCUUCUAUCUGCCCUAUGUGCUGUGCGUGGCCUGGCGCGACCACAUCACCUUCCCGCUGCGCCUCUGUGUGAGCCUCCUGUCCCCAGUGGCGUUUGGGUUUGGCUGUGAGUACUUCUCCCUGUAUGAGGAGCAGGGCGUGGGGAUCCAGUGGUACAACCUGAACGCCAGCCCCGUGCAGGACGACCCUUACAACUUCGCCACCUCCCUGGCGCUGCUGCUCCUGGACGCGUGUCUGUACGGCCUGGCCACGUGGUACAUCGAGGCUGUCUUCCCAGGCCAGUACGGGAUUCCCAAGCCCUGGAAUUUUCCCUUCCUGAAGAGCUACUGGUUCGGAGAGUCAUCCUCCGAUGGCUGCCACCCCUUCCCCACCAACUCCUUGAGCUCUGCGGAAGUGCUGGUGGAGCAGCCGCCCACGCACCUGCGCCCAGGGGUCUCCAUCCGCAACCUGGUGAAGAUUUACCGCAGUAGCAGCAAAGUGGCCGUCAACGGGCUGAGCCUCAGCUUUUACGAGGGCCAGAUCACCUCCUUCCUGGGCCACAACGGGGCCGGCAAGACCACCAUGAUGUCCAUCCUGAGCGGUCUGCUGCCCCCCAGUUCCGGGACGGCCUACAUCCUGGGCCGGGACAUCCGCUCCGAGAUGGACAGCAUCCGGAAAACCAUGGGGAUGUGUCCCCAGCACAACGUCCUCUUUGACAUCCUGACGGUGGAAGAGCACAUCUGGUUUUAUGGGCGCCUGAAGGGGCUGUCAGGGGAGCAGGUGAAGGAGGAGGUGAAGCAGAUCAUCCAGGACGUGGGGCUGCCCCACAAGCGUCGGGAGCAGACCAAGAACCUGUCGGGUGGGAUGCAGCGGAAGCUCUCCGUGGCCAUCGCCUUCGUGGGAGGCUCCCAGGUGGUCAUUCUGGACGAGCCCACCGCGGGGGUCGACCCCUAUUCCCGCCGGGGCAUCUGGGAGCUGCUGCUGAAGUAUCGCAAAGGCCGCACGAUCAUCCUCUCCACCCACUACAUGGAUGAGGCAGACCUGCUGGGCGACCGCGUGGCCAUCAUCUCCCAGGGCCGGCUCUGCUGCUGCGGCUCCCCGCUCUUCCUCAAGACCAAGCUGGGCACCGGCUAUUACCUGACCCUGGUGAAGCGAGAGGCCGGCGCCCGGGAGCGGGCAGCCCCGGGGGGCAGCGCCAGCUGCGUCACCAUCGCCAGCAGAAAGGACGACAGCGGUUCGGAGCGCAGCUGUGACACCGGCCUGGGCAGCGAGCAGUGCAGCGAGUCCAGCACUGUGGACGUGCCGCAGCUGUCGGCCCUGAUCCAGAAGCUGGUCCCUGGCUCCCGGCUGGUGGAGGAUAUUGGCCACGAGGUGCUGUACGUCUUGCCGUAUGGCGGCGCCAAGGAUGGGGCCUUCGGAGAGCUCUUCCGGGAGCUGGACGGCCGCCUGGGCGAGCUGGGGGUCUCCAGCUACGGGAUCUCGGACACCACCUUGGAAGAGAUCUUUCUGAAGGUGGCUGAGGACACAGGAGUGGACGCGGACACCACAGGCUCUGGGGGAGCCCCCCAGCGAGGGAGAACGGCAGCGCCGGCCUCCUCCUACACCCUCCGGACGGUGAGCGAGAACGGGGACGUGGAGGCAGCAGACACCGAGCCGCUCAAAGGAUCCAGGAAAGCUGAGGAGCCAAAGGAGACCGAUUUCCUGCACAGCCUGGAUGGCAGGGGCUCCCAGCAGGUGCUGGGCUGGGCCCUGACCCGCCAGCAGCUCCGGGCCCUUUUCACCAAGAGACUCCUCUACGCCCGGCGCAGCACCAGGGGCUUCUUCGCACAAAUCAUCCUGCCGGCUGUCUUUGUGUGCAUCGCCCUCCUUUUCAGCCUGAUCGUGCCGCCCUUCGGGAAGUACCCCCCGCUGCACCUGGAGCCCUGGAUGUACGGGCAGCAGUUCACCUUUUUCAGUGAUGACUCCCCGGGGGACCCCGACUCUGCGCAGCUCCUGGGAGCCCUGCUGGCCGAGCCGGGCUUCGGUACCAAGUGCAUGAGGGAUGCCCAGGAGGGGAGAGCGCCUUGCCCACCAGCGUCCCACGAACGAGGCUUCUGGACCCCCGAAGUGCCCCGGUCCCUGGCCGAGCUCUUCCAGAACACGAAUUGGACGCCAGCCAACCCCUCCCCGGCCUGUGAGUGCAGCUCCCGGGGGGCACGGAAGAUGCUGCCCGACUGCCCUGAAGCAGCGGGGGGACUUCCUCCUCCACAGGUGCAAAGGGGCACCGGCGACAUCCUCCAAAACCUCACGGGCAGGAACAUCUCCGAUUACCUGGUGAAAACGUACCCCAAGAUCAUCCGCCAGGGGUUGAGAACCAAGAAAUGGGUCAACGAGCAGAGGUACGGUGGCAUCUCGCUGGGCGCCCAUAGCUCUCAGGCCCUGCCCUCAGCAGAGGAGGUGGAUGGUGCUGUGCGGGAGAUCCGGGCCAUGUUGAACAUCACCAAGGGGAGCCCCAUAGACAGGCUGCUGGGAAACCUGAGCAGCUUCAUCGAAGGCCUGGACACCCGCAAUAACAUCAAGGUCUGGUUCAACAACAAGGGCUGGCACGCCAUGGUGUCCUUCGUCAACGUGGUGAACAACGGGCUGCUGCGGGCCAGCCUGCCCCCGGGCGCGGAGCCCUGGCGCUACGGCAUCACGGCCAUCAACCACCCCCUGAACCUCACCAAGGAGCAGCUCUCGGAGGCCGCGCUGAUGGCCACCUCGGUGGACGUGCUGGUCUCCAUCUGCGUGAUGUUCGCCAUGUCCUUCGUCCCCGCCAGCUUCGUCCUCUUCCUCAUCGAGGAGCGGGUCAGCAAGGCCAAACACCUGCAGUUCGUCAGCGGCAUGAAGCCCGGCGUCUACUGGCUGGGCAACUUCGCCUGGGACAUGUGUAACUACCUGGUCCCAGCAGGGCUGGUCGUCCUCAUCUUCCUCUGCUUCCAGCAGAAGUCCUACGUGUCCUCGGCCAACCUGCCCUCCCUGGUGCUGCUGCUGUUCCUCUAUGGCUGGUCCAUCACGCCGCUGAUGUACCCGGCCUCCUUCCUCUUCAGCAUCCCCAGCACGGCCUACGUGGUGCUGACCUGCGUCAACCUCUUCAUCGGCAUCAACGGCAGCGUGGCCACCUUCGUGCUGGAGCUCUUCACCGACCAGAAGCUGAACCACGUCAACCGCAUCCUGAAGAAGGUUUUCCUUGUCUUCCCGCACUUCUGCCUGGGCCGGGGCCUCAUCGACAUGGUGAAGAACCAGGCCAUGGCCGACGCUUUCGAGCGGUUCGGAGACAAGCGUUUCGUGUCUCCGCUGUGCUGGGACCUGGUCGGGAAGAACAUGUUCGCCAUGGCUCUCCAGGGCGUCGUCUUCUUCCUCUUCACCAUCCUGCUGCAGUACAGGUUCUUCGUCAAGCUACGGCCCUUUGCCGUUAAACUUCCCCCUCUGGGCGGGGAGGACGAGGACGUGGCCAGGGAGCGGGAGAAGAUCGCAAGCGGAGCACGGCAGGGAGACAUCCUGGUGCUGCAUGACCUGACCAAGGUGUACCGGGCGAGGAAGAAGCCGGCUGUGGACCGCCUGUGUGUGGGAAUCCCCCCGGGGGAGUGUUUCGGUCUCCUGGGGGUGAACGGCGCUGGGAAGACGUCCACCUUCAAAAUGCUGACGGGGGACACUGAGGUGACCCGAGGAGAUGCCUCUCUGAAAGGGCACAGCGUGCUCAGUGACUUGCAGUCGGUCCAUCAGAACAUGGGCUACUGCCCCCAGUUUGAUGCCAUCAACGACCUGCUGACGGGACGGGAGCACCUGGAGUUCUACUGCCGCCUGCGCGGUGUCCCCGAGGAGGAGACGCCCAGGGUGGCUCAGUGGGGGGUGUCCACGCUGGGCCUGGCGCAAUACGCCGACAGACCCGCCGGGGGAUACAGCGGGGGAAACAAACGCAAGCUGUCCACGGCCAUCGCCCUCCUCGGUGCCCCGCCGGUCGUCUUCCUGGACGAGCCGACCACGGGGAUGGACCCGCGAGCCAGGCGGUUCCUGUGGAACUGUAUCCUCAGCGUGAUCAAAGAGGGCAGGUCCGUGGUGCUCACCUCCCACAGCAUGGAGGAGUGCGAAGCCCUGUGCACCCGCAUGGCCAUCAUGGUGAACGGCCGGUUCCGCUGCCUGGGCAGCGUGCAGCACCUGAAGAACAGGUUUGGCGAUGGCUACACGAUCACCCUGCGGGUGUCGGGCCCCAGCCCGGACCUGCGGCCCGUGGAGACGUUCAUCCAGGACUCCUUCCCCGGCAUCGUCCUCAAAGAGACACACCACUGCAUGCUGCAGUACCAGCUUCCCUCUCGGAGCUGCUCCCUGGCCAAGAUCUUCAGCAUCUUGUCCGCUCACAGGGGCACCUACUGCAUUGAGGACUACUCCGUGUCCCAAACCACGCUGGACCAGGUGUUUGUUCACUUCGCCAAGGACCAAAGCGACGACGAGCCCCUGCCGGACUUGGCGCCCCCGUCUGAGCCCGAGCCCCCUGGCCCCUGGAAGAGGAUCACCCACUUCCUGGAGGACGACAGCUACCAGGAGAGUGCCGUCUGA